CUGGAUGCCGUAAUCGAUCCGAUGUUUCGACACUUUCUCCCCAUGGUUUGAGGCAUGAGAGCACUGUGACAAGGCCAGGAUUGCCAGAGACGAAUGAGAUGUGCAGAUUGCAUUCUUGUAAAUAAUGUGGCUAACCUCCAGAUCUUUUCAGUUCUCUCAAACUACCCAGUGUUGACUAUUGCUUGUUCUUCUCGAUCUUUUGCGCUGUCCUUUUCAUCAUUCAUUCUUUUCAGCAGUCUCUCGCAGUGCGAAGCAGCAAAAUCAAGAUACCCAAUAAUUGUUUAAUCGUCAUCAUGAGAUUUUUAUGUUUAUGCGGAGCGUAUGGAAGCGCAGAU